AUGCGCAAUGAGCGUGAGGAUGAUGGCACUAGGCGGCGCAGCACACUGGUACUCAAGACAACUGGUUGUGUUGUUGCGCAUCGUAGCUGGAGAGGCAGUUCGAAGUGUUCCUGGGAACUGAUUGCUGGUGGACUGCUGCAGGUGAGCUUCUUAUGGCUUACGCAAAUGGGCCGACGUUUACAACAAAAAAUGGAACAUAAGCGACUUUCGUGCUUCCAGGCAGACGAUUAUUUGCACAUCUGCUGA